CUCUGUUUCCCAGUCCAUUGAAUUGAGUAGAGUAUGUUCAGUAGACGAACGCCUUUCGAGCGAACAAGUCAGCCAUGAGCUACCAGAAUUUCCUAGGUUUUCUGCUCUUGCUGACCCCUUCUUUAAUCAAAGCCUAUGGAGAUCAAAGUCGCUAUCGGUUGUAUUUGCAAUCAGAUUACGCUCUGCAAACAAUCAGCACUCAGCUAGUUUCGCAGGCAAUUGAGCUGGUGGACUAUAUGGUGGAAGAUCUGAUCGUCUUGGACUCGCAGAACUCCAUUCUGUUGGGCUACUUGGAUCGUUUCGACGCCUUCACUGCCGUAGAUGCGAAUAAAACCGAGCAGAAGCUAAAUGCCUUCUAUGGCGUGAUUGAGGACUAUCUAGAUUCGGAUACCACGGGGGAUCCACUGAGAACUUCCAGUAUCGAGACCCAGUUGAUUGCCCUUUGCCUGCAGCGCAACGGAUUCGAUCGAUGGAAGCGCACGGUUCAGACCCGGACAGCCCAGCUCCAAAAGCUAAUAUACCGGAAGUUGAGGAAGCACCUGGAGUCCAUAGACAGGGAGGAUCGAUUGGCUGUGGAGCGCAGGUGGAAGAGAAUCCUGACUCGUGGCGGCCCCCGAAGAUUGGAGAAGCUGAGAGAAUUCGUCAAAUGGCUGGGAAAUUUCAGAGAUUAGAGGGUGGCGGCCCGGGUGAACGAAUUGUUAGGCAAUAUGAUAUGCCGUUUAGUGAUAAGAAGAGUUAUAAACAUUAUUUAUGGGUGUGUGGAGCAAGAGAAUGUUUGUGGUUUAAUUAUAACCGGCCAUGACCUUGAGGUAUUAUCAAUAAAAGCAAUAUAAAAAAGAA